GCUUCUUGGACAAAGUUGUUGCAAGUCGUCGGCCUCUGGUCCGAGUGGGUGCAAUCCGCACUUAGUGUGAUUGCAAUCAGCACUUAGUGUGUUUGCUCUCACCCAGAUGCUCAGUGCGGUGUUCCUGCGCACCUGUUGUCGCUUUCCACACCAAUUUUGAAGAGUAUGGUCGUGGUCUCAGCUCGCAGGCUGCAGCAAUUUUCUGAGAGUUGCAGGGGAAAGGCCACCGUGAUUUUAGUGGUAGUACUACAGCGUGGAAGUGGUUUUGGAGGUGUUUGUAACAAAGUUGAUGGGGAUUUUCGGAGGGGUUGAUGAAGAGAAUGUAUUACGGUGCCGCGUGUGUCAGAAUCCAGGCUUGUGUUGACCUUUAAGAGGUUUAGGGUUUAGGGUUUCGGUGGGAGUUUGGAAGUUCCUGGUGGCGAUGGCGGAGAUCAGUUCUGCUUGUUCAAGCGGCCGGGACUUGACUGGUUGCAAUAUUGCAACUCGGUUGGAGCUUGUUCAAGCGCUGCGGCUGCCAACUACCCGCACGGAGAGGAAAAUUGAGCUGGCUAUGAGUUUUAUCGAUUCCGUAAAAUCUCUUGAGGAGGAUAGUGCCGGUGACGUUGGCAGCGCAUUGACAGAGAGUGACGCUGCUUGGAUAAAUCUGCCCCAAGUCAUCAGAUUCUUGUCCGAGUGGGUGCAAUCAGCGCUUAUUAGGUCGUCUAAACCUGGAGUUUCCUCUCACUCGGAUGAAAAAUGCGGUGUUCCUGCGCACUUGGAUUCGCGUUACUGGUCAAUUCUGAAAUUUUGUUUGUUGGCUGGUUAUCUUCACCGGAUCACCGGCAUCUCUCCAUCGCUAAUGCGCCCACUCACUUCCUGCAUUUCAUUAUCUUUGUCCGAAAGUCUAAAGAUGGAGUUAAUUGAAGUAGUUUCCGUCUUGUUUACUGAGUAUAGUCGGCCUCUCAGGUCGAACGUAGAUAGCUGGGUAUCCUUAACCUCUGGAGCCCUUAAUCUGUUGAGGCCAGACGGUAAGAAUAUCUCUGCGAGAGAUUCUGCCGUUGUGGCGUUGGUUAGUGGUAUUGUAGAAGGAUUUUCUAGAACUGUUGCGUCACAUCCAAAUCCGAGUAAAAUUUUCCAGUCUAUUGUAGCAAGAUUACUAGAGCCUCUGCUUGAGGUUAUUGGAUAUUCAAUUAGUAAUGGUGAUCAAUCGCUUUCAAAGCUAAUUAGCGCAGCUGAAGAUAUUAUUGAGAACGGUUUAUUUCAUUCAUCUCACGUUGGAGGGUAUUUUGAGGUGUGCAUGAACCUAAAGAAAAAAGUCGAUACAAAUGCGAAUAGGAGCAAGAACUCGGAGGGUUGGCAGCGAAGUUAUCACCGUACGUUCUUCCAGAAACUUGAUGAGUUAAGGAAAUCAGGGAAUCUCGUAGUGCUAAUUGGACUUGGUCGCACAUUCAAGAUAUAUGCCACGAGAUGGAAAGCGCAACAAGUUGCACUAUCUGAGGAUGUUUAUGGAGUCCGAGGUCAAGGAAAGACUGAGCUCCUCGACAGCAUUCCAGGUGACAAGGUUGAGAGAAUCGGUGAAUCAAAGUCAAGUGACAAGUCUGGUGCUGAUAUCGAAGAAGAAAAAGAUGGUGAAAGUGCUGCCCCACAUCCAAAAAGAUAUGCAAAUGAAACAGACGCGCUUUUUACCGUCUUCGGCGAAUUAGUGGGGCCGCUAAUUUUGGAACUCUCAACGCUCGUCGGGUCUGAAGCGGAAAAAUUCGAUCUGACAGAAGAGCAUGUGAUGACAGUAUCUCUAUUGAUGCGAGGUGUAAAUGAGCUGCUUGCAGCUGCCAAGGAGUCGCGAGCGUACAAGACAUUAGAGGACACUCUCACACUGACCUAUUUCAAUUUCCUUCAGGAGAUUCUUAAUUUGAUAAUCAAAGUAGGAACGAAAGCUUUUGAUGCCUGGUCGAAUGGAGACGCAGUAACUCCUGUUUUGAAGAAGAAAAAGCGAUCAUCUGAGACUGAGUCAAGGGUCAAUCGCACAAAUGAAACAGAGAUUUUCCGUGAAGUUGUAUUCGCACUUCAACAUCUUCUUGAACUUGAGUACAGGGUUUUUGAGGAACAGUUGUCAUCGAUAUGGAUGUUUGUAUUCAAAAUGGUUGCCCCUGCUAAAGUGGCUAAGGAGACGACAUUGAAGGCCUUGGAUUUCUGCACUGGAUUAGUCAAUAUGUACAGCGAGCUAAGACAGGUCGAUAUUCCUAUUUUCCACCUCACGGAUACCUUAACAGCUCUUCAAAUUUUUUCUCAGCAUGAAGUUCUCUCUAUUCCAGUAAAGAAUAUAAUAUGUUCAAAAACAUUUCUAGUAACUCUGGGAUCAGUGAUACAUAAACUCCCUGAAGGACAGGUGGCAAAUCUCUUGAAAGGUUUACGAGUGGCAGUUGCAAAUUCACUUGAUUCAUUUGAUACUCAACAAACAACGUCUUUGUGGAGGAUCAAGAAUUUUUCAGGAUCAGCUAAGGGGCUUUUAGAGGUUUAUACCUGCAUUCUUGAGAAUGCAAAUGUGACUUCAUCAAAUAGUGUCCUUGCCGGUGGUGCUGUCAGGGAGCUCCUGAUGAAGGUCCUUGUUCCACCCAUGACGAAUUUGGUUGAUGUUUGUGCUCAAAGUGGAAUUGAUUCUGUUGGAAAAGAUUCCUCCAUGCAGGAGAACUGUGUUUCGUCAAAGCCACUGUUUCUACUGUCUAUGUAUCUAUCUUCCCGAGUCCUGUAUCGUCAGUGUUUACUGUUAAUGCCUCCGAAGGCUGCACGAAAAGCUAGAAUGGCUACUCUCGAUGUGGAAAUUAAUUUUCUUGUCGCGGAUGAGGCUGAGGUGAUUUCGUACUCGAAGGCGAGUGAAUUCCUUUUGUCUUUACAAAGGGGGUCGUUGAAGAUGUCAACGUUCUUGAUGAAACUUCUUCAAAGUAGUGUGAUUGGGGAUGGCUUGUGCUUACCAACAAUGAUUUACAUAAUCAACACCAUAGCCAUACAAAGUUUAGUAGACCUUGAUCGUCGUAUCUGGGCACUUAAAUUUCUCAUUGGCAAAACGGAGUCAAAAAAGUAUAUGAAGGUUCUUCGAUCACUUGAAAAAGAAGGAGCAAAACUCGUAUCCAUUGUGCUGCAAGAUCUUGAUGCUAUUAAGAUUGAGGAUACCUCUUUGACUAGUGUUAAAUGGAACCGAGUCUUGACAAGUUUGGACUUCAACUUGAUACAUGUAGCCAGAUGGCGCCUCAUCUGCGACACAGUGGAUGUAUGGUCAACUUUUGCAAAUGAGGAACAGUUGAAGAAUUUUGUAAUGGCAUUACUGCAUAUUGGGAAAGGUCGCGUCUUGGAUGACGCUAAGAAUCCUCAUAUACCAGAGGAAGGUGAUUGUUCUGUUAGCGUUGAGGAGAGCAGAGACGAGGACUUGGAAGAUAUCACUGAUGGCCUUCUCAAAAAUCUCGAUUUUUAUGAACUUGAGGGCAUAAGAAAAGUGUUCGCAACAGCAUUUCUUCAGGAGUUGAAGAAGAUAUUGCUGUCAAGUUUCAAAGAGGGUUGUCCUAUCUUCAAUAUCAUUGGUGAUUGCAUUGAGGGUGCUGCACCACCGUUUGCCGCAGAGAGCGAUGCUAUUUUUAUAGAGAAGGUGAAACUGAAGACGAAUUCUCUUGAGAAGCUUUCGACACUGAAAAUAUUAGCUUUGAAUAAGGAGCAUCAAAAGACAUUUAGGGAUUGUAGCAGGCUUCUCCACUUACUAGCGACCCUUCCGUGUGGUUAUCUACCAUCAGCCGACAAUGCUGGAUGUGCAUAUACAAUCUGUCAACUGGAAAUGGUCUUGGUUAAUUUCCUCCUUGGCGGCAAAGAAGCCGUAAAGCACCUCAAACGUUCUCAUGUGGAAUCAGAACUAAAGCAUUGUCCAUCCGAUAACGUCCGUCUUAUUUGGGGUGAUACUCUGAUUGCGUGCAGGCGUGCACUGCAUUUUCUCGCCAAUUCGUCGGCUAGUUUGGAACCUAGUAUUAUAUCCUCAGACUUCACUCGUACUUUGUUUGGGAGCUCGACCAACACUCAAUGUGUGACUCUUUUACCUAAGAUUGUGGCCAUGCGUACUCUUGAGACUCCCAUGGGCAUGGAUGAUAAAAAUCCACAAGAGCCUUCGAGUGUGCCUUUUAAGCGGAAUGCUUCCGGUGUAUUUUACUCUCUGCUAAAUGAAACCUGUGCUGUUAUUGAAGCUUCUAUUGCAAAUAUUUGUUGUGCUGAGGCUAAGGUGCUCGUUAGCCCUAAUGCCUCUUUGCAUGUGCCUACUCCAGCGGAUCUGAAGUCGAGAAAAAGAAAGUCGAAGAAGUUGAGAGCUGUGUCUGCGCUUGGGACAGUUUUGGUUGCAGAAGCCACGAGUGUUGAAAACAUUCUGAAAAGUGAGCAAAGUUCGAAAUGGUACGGUCCUAUUUCAACAGUUGCAGCCAUCAGUAGCACCCUAUGGAGUAUGACAAUGGCGCUUGAAAGGGUCGACAAAGAGUGUCGAACUUCCACAUCUACUUCAUUGGUGUGGCGAACUGAGCUUCCAGAAGCUUGGUUUUUUGUUGUUAAAGAACUUGAACCAAUUUUAGUUCGUAUCCUGCUUCAGGUAUUGUUUCCUAUGGGUACCACUGAUCUUGGAUUCUUUACCAAAACAGGCGUCAAGGCCUCAGAAGUGAAUGAAAAUGUGGAACAGGAUCUUGUCAGGGAAGAUAAAUUCGAUGAAGACGAAUUAAGGGAUCUUCAAGAAGAAGAGUCACUAAAUGUGACGUCAAGUGACGAAGAGCCCGACGAUGAGGAUACAGAGGCCCAAGGAGUCCUUGAGGUCGACGGACAUUACACAGAGGCCAUGUCCGAGGAUCUUAGUUUUCAAGCAUUAAAAACUAGUGUAAUGGAAGAGUCGCCUUCAUCACAGUUUGCAUUCCUUCGUAGUGCUCUGGAAGAAAGUACGAGAGAGAAAACAGAGUUUAUUGGUGAGCUUUACAUGGCAGUAGCGGCUAUCGUUAAGCUGCGCAGCUUAUUUUAUUCCCCCUUUUCAUACACAUCGGUCACCCCGGAACUAACUAAUUUUAUCAGCUUUAAAGAGCAGUCUCCUCUUUCGUUAGACACACUUCUCUUGGCAGCUUAUCGGUUGUUGUUAGGAUCAGUCCAGUCGAUUCGGACUCAGAAGCUGGCUCAUCCUGGGUGGUUAGUUGGAGUCAUCAAUUACCUAGGGUCAGUUGGAGCUUAUCUUCCCUGCAUGAAAUCCUUCAUCUCACCUGUAGAUUUCGUCAAGCUUGUUAAUUUGCACGUAGAGCUUACUGGGGCACUUCUAGUCUUGAAGGAGAACUCUGCCACGAGCACCGUUAAGAAUCUUAAGGACACUAUGUUGGAAAGAGUAGAACCAUCCGAUUGGGAUCUUGAUGAUCAUGAUGUGGGAGGAUUGGAAUCUCGCAGAAGUAAAAGGCUAGAGAGAGUUGACCAGAUAGACGAUCUACUGUACAGCAUACGACGGUCAUUCGAGAGUCUCCUGAAGUAUGCUCCUCGGCAGCACAUGGUCCUCGCUUUGCAAUCUGUGGAGAAAGCUGUAGCUGGUGUAUGGGGAUGUUCUGAUUCAGGGUUAGGCUUUGACAUCAGCGAAGUACGUGGUUGUCAUGUGGGACCUGUUGCAGCUGCUGGCGUUGACUGUUUAGGUCUCGCAUUACAGGCUGUGUCAGGUAAGAUGAGAUUGCACUUACUUGCAAGUCACUGCCCAGCAUUCUAUGGAGGACUCUUGAACCUUAUCGCGCAUUGCCAAGGGCCCUCAAUAUUUCUUGAAAGACAGCUCAUCUCCGUGUCUAGGACUCGGAUGUUGAGCAUGGUGGAUGCGGCUCCGGUAGUCCUCCGUAGUCUUGAGAUUUUGACCUCCUUAGCAGCUCGACCUGUAAUCUUCCCAAUGAAGGCCUGUUUUGUGGCCAUGGCCCUCCAAUGUCCUGCCGUGCUUUUCAGAUCUUUCUAUGAUUGUGGGAAUCCGAAGGCACUUCUACAUGAUUUGAAAGCCACAAUGACGGAGCCCUUUUCUCAGGGUUUUAGUGGAAUGUCUGUCAGGCUGUAUGUUGCUUGCUGCAAACUUCUUUGUGCAUUGCUGCGGCACCGCAUACGGGAAUGUGGACAUAGCAUGGCAUUGUUGGGUGAAUCCUGUCGGAUUCUUUUGCAAUGCUUAGCUGCCCCUAGUGGGAGGGAAGAAGCAGAUUUAUCACCUUCCACGACAGCAGCAGGGCCUGCUCAAUGUGGAAGUUGGCUGAGCCGAGUUUAUCAAGAGAUGGAAGCACACAAGGAGACCAUGGGCAAGUAUUGCGCUCACAUUCUUGCAGAUUAUUUGAAUGUGAUCUCUGGGUACAAUCAUGGUGGUUCUGGCCUAAGAAGAGAGGUGGACACUGCUCUUCGCCCAGGUGCCUUUGCAUUGCUUGAUGCAUGCUCUGGCAACGACCUGCAGCAACUUCACGCUGCUUUAGGAGAGGGUGCAAGGCGAGGUGCCUUAAUGACAUUGCGACACGAUUAUGAACUUCACUACAAGUACACUGGAAAGGUUUAAUUACAUGCUGAUGCAUUCCACUCAAUUUAAUCGUGCCCUUUCCAAACAAUCAUGGAUUUUGCAGCAGCUGCAUGAUGUUGCAUGGAGUUUCUUAUGAAGUAACUGAUGUGGGUUCAUCCACGUAGAAUUGUUGCAAAGUGGUUGUGAAGUCCAAUCCAAUGCAGCUACUUUAUUAAUGCUUACCGACGCUUGUAUCGUAAAGCUUGAACAUGGUGGACAGUUGUGUAGAGCGACUAGAUUGGUCACUAGAUUCCUGUAAACACCCAUUAUCGAUUGUUGGCACUGUAUUUCGCCAAGAGCAUCUGUCUCUCGUUUUACAAUUAUAUCUAUGAUUUUUUCUUCCAUUUUCAUUCUCA